UCUUUAACGGCGAGCGCUAGCUUGUUAGCUAAAUGACCCCUCUGUCUGGUCUGCAGCUCGGCGGCCAGCUAGCACAGCCUCGGUCGGGGGAGGGAGAGAGGAGAGAAGAAAAAAAAAAAAAUAGCGUUAGCUUGAGAGAGAGAGAGAGAACCCGAGGUUCGCUGCCGCGAGUCGCCGCCCCGGUUCAACUGCCUCCCUCCUGUCACCGCCUCACAGCUUUCGCAUGCAACGUAGCAGCGUUUUCCCCAUUCAUAGCAAAUUCGUGCUAAACCUGCGACCAGAGGAAGGUGUUUGGUUGCAGAACGGUGCGAUGCUAACAUGCUAGCUGGCUAACGCGAAUGCUAGUGCGCGGUGUAUAAAGCUUGGCUAGCUGCACUGAUAACAAGCUAACAUGCCGCCGUUUGUCACACGGGUGUGCACGAGGACGUUCGCCUGGAAAAUAUGAAUAAUAAGAAUAAGAAUAAGAAUCAUUUAGUGAACGAUUUAAAUGGGCCGCGUGUUGGUGGUUCGUAGCCAGUGUUGUGCUGCUGGACGCACAGCGACACAGGCAGGUUCACGCUAAGUGCUUCUUGUUGUUGCCCUGUGCUACCACGUCUCUGUGUUCUGACAGGAGUCAAUCCCGGCAUGGGGGACAUGAAGACCCCAGAUUUCGAUGACCUGUUGGCGGCGUUUGACAUUCCCGACAUAGAUGCCAAAGAGGCCAUCCAGUCCGCCCCGGACGAGGCAGAGGGACCCCACGGAGCGGCGGGCGCCCCGCUGGGAAAGCAGGAUGUGGUGGUGGGUGUCGGGUCGUCCCUGAGGCCGCCGAGCCCCCCUGACCCCCAGGCGGACCCCCCGAUCGUCAGCGUGAUCGUGAAGAACAAAGUGCGCCUGGAGACCGUCGAUGGCGGAGAGGAGGACACAGACCAGGACCCGAUUGAUGUCAUCGCAGGGGUCGAUGUGGGUCCCAGACUCGGCGCUUGUGCCCCCGGAAUGGCUGAGUCCGAGGCCCUGAACCACAAUGGGUUCGGGGCGUCCGGGGUCUCCGCGCCCCUUCCCCUCAGCCAGGCCCAGUCCAAUGGCGCGCCGUGGUCAAUGAACACCCCGAAGGUGUCCUCGGAAGCAGCCGGCGCCGGUGCGGCCAAGUCUCACAAGCAGGGCGGCAACAUUUUCAACAGACUCAAACCGCUCGUGGCCCAGGGGUCUGGAGAUCCAGUGGGCCGGGCCAGGAAGAUGCAGCUUCUGCAGCAGCAGCACCACCAGCAGCAGCAGGAUAUAGGCCAAGAGAGGGCAGACGGGGUCAAAGCAUCGUUGCCGUCCUCCUCGUCUCUAUCGGCGGGGUCAUCUCCUCUGGAUGCAGGCGGGCCCGUCGGACUAGCCUCGCCUUUCUUUCCACCUUCAAAGCCGCUGCUCGCAACUCCCCCCUCGGCCCUGUCGUCACACCCGCUGCACUCGUGUCAGCCUUUUAAUGGUGCUUCCAAAAGUGGCCCUGCUGGAUUUCAUCACCAGCAGAUGGAGGAUGAUGAUUCUGACCCAGAUCUGGGGAGUCCGCUGGUGAUCCAGGAGACUCCAGACUCCCCGAUUUACACUCAACUGAGUCAACGUUACAAGUCUGACUCUGUCUCAACUCAGCCCACAUCCUCCACCUCAUCUCACCCUAAACCUGGGGACACUCCGUCAGGGGCGUCUCUCACCUCCUCGACCCCCCAGUCUGGCUCAACAGAGAGUCCCCAGCUGGAGGACAGGCACCCAGAACAUGUCAUAGAAGAGAGAGACUCUCCAGAGAGUCCUGAACCAGAGAUUCCAAAAUCAACUGCUCAAGUCAACACUAAGAGGUGCUCCAGCCCCGCCGUCGCCUCCACUCCACCUCCCUCAGAACUUCGGCAGCCCAAAGAGGAGGAGGAGGAGAUGGAAGUGGGGAAUGGGAUAGAUAGGGUCGUUGAUGGCAAAGCGGACAAGGGAGAAACCGUGAGAACGGGUGAGGAAAAAAUGGAGGUGGAUGACGGCAAGCCUAAACCCCCGUCCACUGAAGGGGGAGAAGCAGUCGUUGCUGCACCUGCUGCUUCUGGAGCUCCAUCCCGACCCCUGAAAGUCAGAAUAAAAACAAUCAAAACCUCCACGGGUGGAAUCACCAGAACUGUCACAAGGGUAGCGCCUAAAGGUGGAGCUGCCGGGAAAGGUUUGGACUCUAAAGCUCAAACCGGGGAGCGGAAAGUUAUGGGAAACAAGGCCCAAAAACUUGAAGCUUCACCUGGUCACAUGACUACAACGUCCCAGAAGGUGAGCGCUCUCAAUGCUCUGCCCGUGUCCACACUUGCAGCCAGCAGCGUGAUGCUUGCAGCCGCCACGAAGGUCCAAAACAAAAUGGCUGCAUCUGACAAGACCAAGGUGUCGGCCACUGCCGUGAGCAUCACCAAGUCCGCAGCGCUGCCCGCAACUCCAGCUGUGGCCUCCUCUCCCAAGUUCUCGGUCGCUGCGGGUGGGAUCAGCGUACGUACAGCCACCAACAAGACGGCCAACGGAGGCAGCGGCACCCUCUCACAAAACAAACCCGCCUCCAUCGUCAACAGCACCGGCGCCGUCAUCUCGCGCAGUCAGUCGAGCCUGGUGGAGGCUUUUAACAAAAUUCUGAACAGCAAGAACCUUUUGCCGAGCUACAAGCCCGACCUCUCCGCUCCCCCGCCCCCCGAGUGGGGUCUCCCGCUCCCUGCCACAGGGUACCGCUGCCUGGAGUGCGGCGAUGCCUUCGCCCUGGAGCGCAGCCUGGCUCGACACUACGACCGGCGGUCCCUUCGCAUCGAGGUGACCUGCAACCACUGUGCUAAGAGACUGGCCUUUUUUAAUAAGUGUAGCCUGCUGCUGCACGCCAGGGAGCAUAAGGAGCGUGGGCUGGUCAUGCAGUGCUCGCACCUGGUCAUGAGGCCCGUCACCGUGGAGCAGAUGAUUGGACAGCAGGACAUCACACCCAUUGGUGUCUCCUCUCCGUCGGCCACGCCCGGAGGCCCCGCCAUCUCCGCCAACUCCAGCCCGCUGAAGGAUGCCACGUCUCCGGCGGCGUCUCAGCCUCGGCCGGUCCGCCGCGCACCUCAGGGUCCACAAGCACUGAUGCCUCUGCCCUGCAAGAAGGCCGAGGGGCUGCAGUACAGCAACUUCAAAUGUCCCGAGUGCCAAACACAAUUCUCUGGCAAGGCUGAGCUGGUCACUCACUUCCAGCAGAUCAGAGCUGCUCCCAACUCGACAUGUACGCAGUGCUCACCCCCCAUGAUGCUGCCAAACUCGUGUGCCGUGUCAGCCCACCAGAGGAUCCACAAACACAAAGCGCCCCACGUCUGUCCCGAGUGUGGUGGGAUCGCCCGGCAGGCCAGCUUCCAGACCCACCUGGAGGAGGCGUGUCUGCACUUUGCCAGGCGCAUCGGCUACAGGUGCUCGAGCUGCCAGGUCGUGUUCGGAGGGUUGAACUCCAUCAAGUCACACAUUCAGACUGCUCACUGCGAGGUCUUCCACAAGUGCCCCAGCUGCCCCAUGGCCUUCAAGUCUUCCCCCAGCGCCCAGAGCCACAUCAGCACUCAGCACCCAACGCUCACCGGAGGACAGGCCAAAAUGAUCUACAAGUGUGUGAUGUGUGAUACAGUCUUUACCCAGAAGCCCUUGCUGUACAUGCACUUUGACACUCAUUUAGCCAAGCAGAAAGUGCACGUGUUCAAGUGUCCUGACUGCACAAAGCUCUACGCCCAGAAAGGUUCAAUGAUGGAGCAUAUUAAGACCACACACAGAGGCCCGUCGGCCAAACCAGAGUCUCAGUCCGAUGCUUCUAACGCCGCCUCGGCCCCGACCAACACGUCCAGUCCCUCCGGCCUCAAGUCAAAGACCUCCGGGAAGCCCGACAACUCUGACGGAGAGGACUGGGGGCGGGAACAGGAAGAGGACGAAGACGAAGACGGGGACGAGGACGAAGAUGACGACGGGGACGAGGACUACCCGGCUCCGGCGGGUCACCCGACCCCCGCGGGUGGCAGUGGUCAGCCCAGCGCUCAGACUGAGUGGACCUGCCCCCAGUGUCAGACCACCUUCACUGACAACGACGACUAUCUGAGUCACGUGAAGAUGGAGCACGGCAAGUUCCCUUGUCGCAUUUGUGGAGGCACGUUCAGCACGUCCUCCAGCCUGAGACGUCACGAGCGCGUCAUUCAUGAGGGCAACAAAAGAGUCUUCCAUUGCCAAUACUGCACAGAAGGCAAACGCACCUUUGGCAGCCGGUUCUUACUGGACAAGCAUGUUCGCCUUCAUCACAGAACCACAGACGGACAGGGUCCCCCCAUGACCAGAAAGCGAGCAGCCACUGGGGGUGAAGGUCCCGGUAGCUCUUCAGAACUAGACGGCGAGGGUGCAGUGCCACCUGGAGGCAGGGCGGGAGACGAGGAAGAGAACGCCACAGAGGAAGGCGAGGACGGCGUCGGUCCCGUGAAGAAAACCAGGGCGUCGACAUCGCUGACGCCCAGUGAGUUGGAAGAGGAAGACAACGUUUUCCGCUGCGUCCCCUGUGGCUUCUCCACGGAGGACGGGGCAGAGUUCCAACGCCACAUACCCCAGCAUCGGGCCGACACCGCCUCGUUCCAGUGCCUGCAGUGCGGCGUCUGCUUCGCGUCGGCCGGUUCCCUCGGCCGGCACCGCUUCAUCACUCACCGCGUGCGGGACACACAGAGCGACGCCGAGCGGGGCGCAACGCGCCCUCACGGCUCCCCGGAAGGCUCCCCCGUUGGCUCCCCACAGGCGCUGGGCGAGGACGGCGAGGGGAACCUGGGUUGCAAAGUGUGCGGCCGGCGUUUCGACAAGGCCUCGGACCUCAACACCCACUUCAGGACCCACGGCAUGGCCUUCCUCACCGCACACAAGACAGACAAGCCCCAGUAGAAGGUGGGGGGCGGGUCUUCUGAAAACAGACAGACCAUCUACGAGGAGUCGUCGAGUGUCAUGGCUGAGCAGACAGGAGCGGUAGAAUAUGAAUGUUGAUGAAAUGGAGCUGCUUCCUCUGCAGUUUUUUUUUUUAGCUACAGUAAACAGUUUAAAUCCACAGCACCUCUUCUGUGCGAUCGUAACUGCAUGUUUGAUCCUGUUGCUGGUAACUAAACUGAACGCACCCGUGAUAGUGGAGCAGCUCUCAAACAGCCCCUCCCCCCCCAAGUAAAGCAUUUCUAUAUCAGCCAUACUGUCUCCAACACGUGUUGUCGUACAAUUCCAUCACUCUCGCUCUGCACCCGAGUGUAGCCACCUGCCUGUUUCCACGUGUAACACAUAUUUUAAUACACACCUCCCACUGUAAAACACGAUCGCUGUGGUGCCGAUAUUUUUGUACUCAUCGUUUUCAUAUUUGUUUGCUUCAACUCUUCUCUGGCACCAGGUCAGUUUUAACAGCUCCAAACCGCUGGGACAACACGAGCAAAAAAAAGAAACCCUUCACACAUCUGAAACACGACAGGGGGAGUGUUUGUAGAAAUUGACACUGACUUUUUUUAUUUUGCUAUGAUAUUUAUUUAUAUGAAAUACAUUUUUCGUGAGUCGGUUGGGUCAAAUCUCACUAAGAACAUGGUUGUGAUUUAUCUGGGAGGCAUUUCAUUAGGAGACAAGGUUACUGGAGGCGUGUAGCCUGUGUAGUGUGAAUAACGUGUGGUGAUGUUAAUCGUUAAGCUAGAAGAAGAGAGGUCAGGCUUCCUGCCGGUAGUACGUGUACGAGUUUUUUGCCAUGUAAAUACAUAUAAUUACACUAAAAGAAAGCGUUCUGGUUUUAGUAACUUGUCAUAAUGUGAAUACGUAUAGUAUUUGUACUUGUACUGUUCCCCCUUUUUUCCAAAACAAUUUGAAGUCUAACAGAAAAAAAUACUACGCCCCCUCCCCUGCCCGAGGUAGCUAUACAUUGUAAUUACAAAGCAGAGUGAGAGCGUGGGGGUUGUUGUCUUAAUGUGUAUGAAUACAAAUGUUUAUCUCUUGAGAUGGUUCUUUUUUUUUUUUUAAUCGACAGAAUCAGUGCUUGCUGUACUCAUUUCUUUUGUACGUUUUCAAAAACAGCCUUCGUUGUCACGUGACGGAGGCCUAUGAGUGGACUUUCUUUCUGUUUGUAUCUUUUUAUAUGUCAUGCUAUCAUAUUUAAAUAGCUCAGUAGUGGAAAUAUCAUGUCAUUCUUUUUUCAAUGGUUGUGGUCUGCUUGCUGAAAAUACCAUACACUUUUGUGCUGUUUCGAAAAUAAAUGUGUAAAAGAGA